CCGUCCCAGGGUGGAUAGAGCCAGAGGGAGCCUGGACAGACCCCGGCAUGUGGGGAUACCUGUCCCUGCUGCCUGCCUUCCUGGCAUUCUGGGCUACUGCUGGCAUCUGGACCGUUUUUUCGCUUGCUGUAGCCAACAAGGCUGUGAACCUCACGGAAGGCUUCCCCUAUAUCAGUCGAUGUGGAAAUAGCCCCCCUCAGAGCUGCAUCUUCAGCCAGGUGCUCAACUUGGGAGCUGCUUUGGCCGCCUGGACCUGCAUUCUCCGUUACCACCAGCUUCGGGACUGGGGGGUCGGAAAGUGGCCUAACCAGCUGAUCCUGUGGAUGGGGCUCCUCUGCGCCUUGGGCACGUCCAUAGUGGGCAAUUUUCAGGAAAAGAACCAGCGGGCCAUGCACCUGACGGGGGCCUUCUUCGCCUUCUUCGUGGGAAUAUUCUACUUCUGGCUGCAGCUCCUUCUCUUCUGGAGGAUGAAGAGCCUGCCCCAGCCUGGGGCUCCCUGGAUCGGGCCACUCCGUCUGGUCCUCUGCAGCAUCUGCACCAUCCUCACCGUGGCCAUGGUCGUCCUCCACACCUGGUCGCUGCGCUCAGCCUCUGCCGCCUGCGAAUGGGUCGUCGCCACGCUGCUGUUCAUCCUCUUUGGCCUCUUUGCGGUGGACUUCUCCGGCCUGGACGGCUGCACCCUGUGUCUCCAGCCGGGCCCUGGCAGCCUGAGCCCCCCGCCGACCUCCCCCAUCUCCCUGAAGGUCCAGCUCUGAACACCUGCUCAGCGUAGCGUCUUCACAUCUCCUGUCCCUGCCAUCUGGUUCCGCCCCUGCAACCAGGGCCACCCAGGAAGCGAGAGGCCAAGCAAGGCCAGCCAGCCAUCCCUGAUCAAGGAUAUUUAUUAUUAUUAUUAUUAUUAAUUUUUUUUUUUUUUUUUUUUUGCCGCUGGCGGAAUCAGAGACACGGACGCAGGCAGGAUCACGCGAAAUCAGAAUUCCUUUCGGAGAGCAAAUCCGUACAGAAGGUCGUGGGGGAAGGGAGGAGACCAGGGGAGGGGGGCCCAGGAAGGGGGAGUUGGGGACACAAGGACAGAUGGCCCUGUCCGUCCGGAUCUGCUAAGCCACCCCAACCAGACCCCAUCC